CGCAGGUUUCUGGCGGAGCGGGUGGGCGCUUUUCUCCUCCUCCCGCUCGCAGGCACCUCGGCGCGGCCCCUGCCGCGGCCCGUUCCGCCCGGGGCAGCUGGCUCCGGAUGGCGUAGCCGGGCUGCAGCCCUGGAGCGCAGGGAAAGUUCUUGCCCGUUUCCUCUGCAGUUGCUCCGGGGGGUGUCCCGGGUUGACAGACCCGCUGAGAGUAGAUAAUUAAAAGUCUGGAAGACUUGAUUUCAAAGCAUAUAUCACUGAUUUCAAAGGAAGUACAUCUACAUGAAGAGCUACAAAAGGAGUUGAUCUGAGAAGACCCAGUGUUGCAAAAAUGACUUCAAGUUGUGUGUUUCCAGUGUUUGCUUUGAUGAUUUUGUGUUUAGCAGCUGCAGGUCCUGUGCCUAGGAGUGAAUGUGUGUUAUCGGCUGUCAACAGUUCCCACCCAGUUCAUGCCUUGCUGGAGAGCUUUACCGUCUUAUCUGGUUGUGCAAGCAGAGGCACAAUGGGCCUGCCGCAGGAGGUGCACAUCCUCAACCUCAGAAAUCCAGAGGAAGGUCUUGACCAUCAUGAAAAAGAGGUCACGUUACAUUUGAAUCCUAUUUCCUCAGUGCACAUUCACCAUAAGCCUGUGGUGUUCCUGCUCAACUCUCCUCAGCCACUGACCUGGAAGCUGAAAACAGAAAGAUUGGCAUCUGGAGUCCAAAGAUUUUUUUUCGUAUCUCCAGGUUCCAUUGUUCAAUUUGAGAAGGGAAAUUUCUCCUUGGCAACAGAAACUGAGGAAAAGCCUUUCCCUCAGGGAAAUGAACAUCUGUUACAGUGGGCCCAAAAGGAGUAUCGAGCAGUCACAUCUUUCACUGAACUCAAAAUAUCGAGAAACAUUUACAUCAAAGUGGGAGAAGAUCAAGUUUUUCCUCCCACAUGCAAUAUAGAAAAGAAUUUCCUCUCUCUGAAUUACCUUGCGGGAUAUCUACAACCAAAGACAGCGGAGGGGUGCCUUAUGUCUGCCACAGACCAAGAAAGAGAGGUUCAUAUAAUUGAAUUAAUCACUCCAAACUCCAAUCCCUACAGUGCUUUCCAGGUGGAUAUAAUCAUUGACAUUAGACCAUCUCAACCAGACAUCAUGCUUGUCAGGGACCUCAUACUUAUCCUCAAGUGUAAAAAGUCUGUCAAUUGGGUUAUCAAGUCACAUGAUGUUCAGGGAAAACUGGAAGUGAUUGCACCAAACAGUAUUGGCUUUGGAAAAGAAACGGAACGAUCUAUGAUUAUGACUAAAUUAGUAAUACCUGAUAUUCCCUCGUCUCAUGAGAAUUUGAUUAAGUGGGCUUAUGACCAUGGCUAUAGCCCAAUUACUUCCUACACAAUAGCCCCUGUGGCUAAUAGGUUCCAUCUACGAAUUGAAGACAGUGAGGAGAUGAAUGACGAAGACCACCAUUUUCUUCCCCCAGAGCUGACCAAACUGCCAGAUAACCCUCUGCCUGCUUUGAAGGAGCCCACAUUAAGCGACGGCUUGGGUUUUCCUUUUCACAUUAACAGAGGAAGGCACGAUACGGUGGGAGAAGGAAUCUCCUUACCAAGGGAUACAGAAGACACAAUAAUGAGUCGUUUCUAUGAGCAAUUGCUUCAAGAAUCUGAAGAACCUGAAGAGGUGCAGGGAAGCAUUGAUGUAGCCCUCUCAGUAAAAUGUGAUGACAACAUGAUGACUGUUGCAGUAGAAAAAGACUCCCUGCAGGCUAAUGGUUACACAGGAACAGAACUCUCACUACUAGAUCCUGCCUGUAAAGCGAAGAUGAAUGGUACCCAUUUCAUUUUGGAAUCUUCGUUGCACAGCUGUGGGACUCAACAGAUAGACUAUGCCUUGGAUAACAUAGUUUAUUUUAACUCUAUUGUUAUUCAGCUGUCCUCACCAGUGGAAAGUAGUGGUUGGGGAAUUGAUGAUGAAGAUGUCGAAUCGGGUGAUAAUGGAUUUCCAGGAGACACUGAUGAAGCAGAUGCUACCUUUCCAAGCAGGCCUGAAAUAGUUGUGUUUAACUGCACACUCCACCAGGCAGAGGGUGGCAAACGCUCACCUAAUCCUGCGCCUCCUGAACCCCCAAUCAGCAAUGUGACCUUCAACAUGGAGCUUUAUAAAACAGAUCUCUUCUUCUUUCCCUCACAAGGACUCUUCUCCAUUGCUGAGAAUGGACAGAUUUACGUUGAGGUUUCUGUGACGAAAGCUGACAGAGCCCUGGGUUUUGCAAUCCAAACAUGUUUUGUUUCACCAUAUUCAAACCCUGAUAUGAUAUCUGAUUACACCAUCAUAGAAAACAUUUGUCCUAAAGAUGAAUCUGUUAAAUUCUACAAUGUCCAGAAGGUGGACUUUCCUAUACCACAUGCACAGAUGGACAAAAAGAGGUUUAGCUUUGUGUUUAAACCUAUAUUCAACAUCUCUUUGCUCUUUCUUCAUUGUGAGCUGACGUUAUGUACAAAUAAAGAAAAAGACACGCAAGGACUGCCGAAGUGCAUUCCUCCUGAUGAAGCCUGCACCUCACUCAAUGUUGAUAUGAUCUUGGCCAUGAUGCACAAUAAGAAAACUUUCACCAAGCCCCUUGCUGUAAUAACCCAUGAAGAAAAGCCGAAAGGUCCACCUGCUCACAAGCCAAAAGGUAAUGGGAUGCAGCCACCAGUUUUCUAUGGUCUGGACACUCUGACUGUUGUGGGCAUCGCCUUCGCAGCAUUUGUGAUUGGAGCACUGCUGACAGGAGCACUGUGGUUUAUCUAUUCUCACACAGGACCUCUGCCUCAUUCAGUGCACAAAAUGGACAAGAAAAGGGGAAACAGCAGGAAGGCAGCAGGUCCCCACAUACCCACCAGCCUCUGAAAACAGCAGUGCCGCACACAGUAUCGGCAGCACACAAAGCACCCCCUGUUCUAGCAGCAGUACAGCCUAACCCAGGGGGAAAUGAGUCCAAGGAGCAUCAUAGGAGGGCAGAGGUUCAAAGAGACAAUUUUUUGACAUUAGCUGUCUAAAGUUGGAAGGAUUAAUUUGGUUUCUUUUGAGAAAGGAGGGAUUUCACUGUAGAAAAAAAAAAUCGCCUGAUCUGGAUAAAUACAGUCUUUGGACCUUUCUCCAGCCUGUUAUGCUACAGGAGACAAAGCUAUUAAUUCUACAGUACUGCAACCUGUUAAAACGGUGUGUGGGCUCUCAGUGCGAAAUACAUGCCAGUCUGAAAAAUGCUGCUUUGUCUAUACAAAAGAAUUUUUGGUGCCUAAACCUUUUCACUGACAAGGUGUUCGUAAAGGUAUUUCAACAAGAUAAGUAGAAUAAAGGAGAUCUUAGGUCAAAGGAUUCCUACACAUCAGAAAAAGUCUCAAGCUCAGAUUUACUUGGUUAAAAACCAUUUUAUUACUUCAGCUAUAUUUAACCACUUCAAAAUAGUGCCUUGUUUUCUUGAGCUUGACUGCUAUAGCAUCUUACCUGCUUUUGUGUUUUGUGUACAGUUUCAGGUGUUUAAAAUGUGUUUGCCUUUGGUAAUUAUAAUGCUCACUAAAGCAACUUUCCCUUUCUUGUUCACUGGGCCAAAACUAUCUUCAGUUAGAGGUUUUUACCCACUAUGCCCUUAUACACACUAAGAUUAAAGGAAGAUAAUAUGCACUAAUGUUAAUGUGUGUAUACUUAAUGGUAUAUCUUUAUGCAAAUAUAUAUACCACCGUAUACAUAAUUUUACUUAAUCUAGCAUAUCUAUAUUUUUAGAAUGGGAAAAUUAUCUUAAUAUCCCACUCUACCCAUGAGGAUGCUGUUAGAUAUUUAUAAUUGGCUCUUUAGUUUAUAUGCAUAUUUUGAAAUUUAAUAUACAAAAGAAGUAUAUUAAAAUAUACUUGGCUCCGUCCUACAUUUUUUGUGUGCCCCAAAUUCCAGUUGACAUCAUUGUGGUUUUGAGUGCACAAGGGAUAUACAACUGAGCCUAUCUAUAUAAAACACUGCAUAUAAAAAUUAAACCGCUUUUAAGAUAACAGUCCACAGUGGUUUGUGUCAAACUACUGGUUAGUCAUAUGAACUUUGCAAUUGGAUAUUCCCAAAGUAAUGUUAGAAUGUGAGGUGGGCAAUAAGGCACUAAUUUUCAUAGUAUUAUUUUAGUGCUUUUGCCAUACUCUGACCUUACAAUAAAUCCCAAAUGGAGGGAAAAAUUAGAUGUGAAUUACUUUGAAUUUUAUGGUGUCACUUUGCAACUGUAAUAUGCUCUGAUUCCUCUGGGUUGUUUUUUUGUUGUUGUUUUUUUACGUGAAUGCUAUUCUCUUGUCACAGGUUAUGAAUGACUUCAGUAGAGGCUGCUUGUAUUCGACAGCAGGAGAAUAAGAUUCUUUAUAUUAGGGUGAUAUUCUCCUAAGUCUGAAUUCAAUAUUUCUAUUGCUAACUCUACACUCAUGCCAUGUAUACAACUCAUAUUGUCAAUGGAUAUUCAGCCUGUAUAAUGAGAUCAAAAUGUGCAAUAGAGAUACGUACUCAGGAUCAGAUAGCAGAAUUUUGCCCUUAAUUUUUUAAACACAUUUGGCUCUGAUCCUGCAAAUGCUUAUGCACAUGGAUAAACUUACAGACCAACCUGAUGUUGCAAGGACUUAUCCAUGUACUUAACUUUAUGCCCUGUGAUCAGUCUUAGUGUCAAUGGGGACUGCUCAGAGUGAGUAAAGUUGAGCACAUGUGAAACCCUUUGCAAGACCAGACCAAUGAAUAAUUCCAUUGAGUUGAACAGAAUGACUCACAUACAUAAGUGUUUGCAGGAUUGCGUCCUUCAUGUGGGGAGAACAAAUAUGCUACCUGUGUCUUUGAAAAUAAUGCGCUUUGCCUAACCUUCAGCAGAAUGUAUUGUGUAAGCAUAUUCUAUGUAUAAAAUCUUUAAAGAUGUCUUCAAAGAAGACUAAAUUCUUUAAGUCAAUCAUAGCUAUAUUUUACUACAUUAAAUUUGUGUAUAAAGAUAUAUUUAAGUGUUUUUAGAUAAAUUUAAAUUACUCUAUAUAUGUUUAAUUUCAGUUACUGUGAAUUUUACAUAUUUUGUAAAUUCUUAUUACCGUUUUAACCCUUUCCUUCUCAGAUUAAAAAAAGUAGAGUCUCAUAGGAAGUCUUAGAAAAUUCUGUUGUUGUGAUGGACAAGUUUAAGAUUGUAUCAGAGGGGUAGCCGUGUUAGUCUGGAUCUGUAAAAGCAGCAAAGAAUCCUGUGGCACCUUAUAGACUAA